UGGUGCUAAGGUGGUGGCAGAAGUGGUGGUGGUGUAGAGAGGAGAGAGAAAGAAGAGGAGUGAAGGAAAUUAAAAAUAAUUUUUUUUUGAACCUGUCAAAGAAGGUGGGGUGCAAAGGUUGGAUUUUUUUUUGAGAUUAAUGAAAGAUUGAAUUUUUAUUGUCAGACCGGCCAAAGGUUGGAUUUUUAGAUUCUAUUUUUCCAAUGUAUUAUCUUCAUUUACAGUGUAAUUUUUAAAACAUGUUAUGCAAUUCAAGUAUCCGACCCUUUUCCUGGAUAAAAAGUGAACUGGCCACUGGAAACCUCAUAAAACUCUUGUCUUUUGCCUCUUCAAUUCAUCAAAUACCCAUUUUUAAUCUUUCAUCACUCUUCUAAAUUCAACAACAACUACUCAAGUCAUUACAAAUUUUAUAAUCCCUUUACCUCCAAUUAUAAAAUCCAAACAGAACAUGCAGAAAAGAAUGGAUUUGAAAAGGAGGGCUUUCAUAACUCAUACUAGUACUUCCACUAAUUACUUUUCUGAAUGGAAGCUCAACCCCAAAACCAGGGAUUAUGGAGGAGGAAAGAGGAGAGAGAAAAAGAAGAAGAAGAUGAAGAAAGGGUAUUUCUGGAAUUUGAGUAUCCCUCACCUGAAGCUCAGCUCAUUCCUACUCUGUUAACUUUGCCUUUUUGCCACUCUCCUUCAUCUAAUUCCUCUUAUCAUGACGACUAUGCUUCGGAUUUGGAUUCGGAUGCAAAUUCAGUUAGCAGGUCCACAUUGAAGCGCAAAUGCAGAAAGUUUAAUAUUGAUUGCUGGCCAUCAAGCACAAGAAGGAAUGCCAGGAAUGUCAAAAGCAACUCUGGAUCUGCUUCUACAAGUGAAUAUGCGCAGAUGAAUUCGAGCACCACUGCUAAUCCAGUUGGUCAUGAGCAGAAUCCUGAGUUACUGCAGGCCUUGAAUCAUUGUCUGUCAACUGCAAUAAUAGAUGGAACUUGUGUCAUCUUCACAGUGAAGGUCUUUUAUAAGGAAGAUGUUAUUAUAUUUGACUUAUCAUCAACAUCCGGUUUCACUCAGCUGACGGAAGAAGUGGGCAGGAGACUAAAUCUGGACUCAAGUAGUUUUAAGAUCAAGUAUCAUGACGAAGAUGAUGAUCUUGUGUUAAUCACUUGUGACUCUGACCUGCAGUAUUUUCUGUGUAAUUCAGAGUUGUCCAAGACAGUGGAAUUGUUGAUUUAUGACUCAAUGUGAGAGAACCAACAUGACUAUUGAAAUUCUAUCUGCAAUGUGCAUUUGGGCUGCGCAUAGAUCCGAGUAGUCAUCCGACUUUCAAUGUACUUGGUAGAAUAUACUCAUAUUGCACUUCUGAAAUCUAUCAUACUGGCAACAAACUCAAGUUUGUGCCUGCAGAAUAAUGUUGUAUUUCUGAUUUCUGAAAUGUGUUCAUUGAAUCAAUUAGUACUCAUCCUCAAAUGCAUUAGAAAAAGCACCUUUCUUCUCUGCCUGAUCGACAUUUAAUCUUUCAUAGGCUUCUUUUGUUAAGUUCUGUAAGGUCUCUAUUCAAGCACAAAGAAGUAUGGAAAUCAGA